AAUAAAAUAAAUAGCUAAAUAAACAUCAGUACUGUUUAGUAUCAGUCAAAUGCUGACCAUUAAAAUAAAGAAUAAAUAAAAAUAAAAUAAAUAGCUAAAUAAACAUCAGUACUGUUUAGUAUCAGUCAAAUGCUGACUAUAUUAAUACUGCCAGUCAAUUAUUGGCAGGUUGUAAAACAAGAAGGAUUUACACCUGCCGAGACAAGAGAUAAACAGCGGCAGCGGUGUUACACCAUAUUCUGCUAUACAAGUUCAGGGGAAACUUUCAACGGUGGAAAACCAGACUUUUAAAUGUUACAUUUUAUAAAUGCAUCGACUGGAAUUGUUCGGUUGAAGGGGGUAACAAACUGUGAAUCCUGAACAAAACAGUUUGGUGAAUACAUGUUUACACAUUAGCUUCCACUCAGCUGACAAGCAGUGAAAGUAGCUACGUGGUUAGCUAGUUAGCUAUAGGCUUGUUGUCACGGAGAGUAAAAGAUGGACCAGCAUUGUGUCUCACCAACUAGGUAAUAACAUAGCGUGAAAUCUACACUCAACAGACACAAUCCACCACCACACUGUUGUCUACUGAGCUGCAAAAAGAUGCACUGUUGUUUACCAUUCAAUCUGCUACAUUACUUACUGCACUGACAAACUAUAGCUGGCUAACAGCAAAUAGACAUGAGUGACAUGGUUGUCAGGGACAGGGUUAACGUUAUAUUAGUUAUAUUGAAAAGGGAAAAUGAUGGGGUCAUUGUUUAUUAACUUUCCAGUAUGUAUUUUACAAACUAGUUAGCAACUUACUGAGAAGAUAUCGCUUAAAACCGCACCGCUUAACUCCGUCCUGUCUGCAGAGCCACCAUCAGUUCAGAGUCAGCUCUGUAAACAAUGGAGUCAGAGCGUGCUCAGCUGGACAAACUACAUUAUGACACCAAUUCUAAAGCAUUGUUUUCUUCAUUAUAUGUUCUGAAAAAAGUUUUCAUAUCUGCACAUAUCGGUAAACUUAUAUGGCGAUACCGAUAUAUUGGUGAAAGGCUAAUAUCGGCCGAUAAUAUCGGCCAACCGUUGCCAUGGAAGCCUUGGUUGUUUCCAUGGUAGCGCUGAUCAUUCCAGCUUGCUGCGAACUAGCGGCACCUGAUCGCCAUUAGGUCCCUGGCUAUAUCUACCUCACUCUGUUUUGUGUUCGUCACUCAAUUGUUUGUUUGAGUCCUGUUACUUACCACUCUCUCCCUCUGCCCUAGUAUACCCUGUAUCGUUUUCUGUGUAUUGGUUACCAGUUUGCGCUGUGUGCGCCGGGAUUUUGGUUACCAUCCUGCCUGUUGCCUCGCCUCCUUUGAUGCUUUUCCUGAGUGUCUCUUCAGCGAUACCUCACUGCACCGGAACUGCUCUGCACACGACCACUACGCACACAAGUCUACGAACAUACUACUCUCUCUGGAUUCCUCGAGGAUCUACACUACACGACCAUUAUGCACACAACCCUACGAACGCACCAUCCUUCUCCAUGCUGCAGUCGGUGCCGGGGUUCCCCCACUGAAGCUUUACCAGCAUUGCUGCGUUUGUUAAAUAAAUAUCAGAUCAUUGUCUCCGCACUUGGAUCAUUUGUCUCAUCCUUCCUGACAGAACAAUGAAGCCAGAAUGGAUCCAGCAGAGCAGACCGACCUGCGGGCUGUGCUCACGCAACAGGGAACGUUUCUGUGUCACCAGCAGGACCAGAUCUCUGCUACCAACCGCGCCAUUAAAAUGGUGGCUUUUCAGCUAGCAGAACUCACAUCAUUGGUUCAACGACUCUCAAAACUCCAUCAGCCUCCAGACUCUGACUCCACUGCUGAGGAUUCUUCACCGGCCCCAGCGGUUCUCCCUAGCCUACUCCAUACUCAGCUGAGGCGGGGUCCUGUCGCACAUUCCUCACGCAGUGUUCAAUCUGUUUCUCGCUGCAGCCCUCAACUUCCUCCACGUAGGCAGUUAAGGUCACAUUCGUUAUCACGCUCCUUACCAGGAGGGCCAGCCAGUGGGGAACUGCUGUAUGGGAGAGUUGCCACCCUUGCUGCUCCUCAUUCCAGGAGUUUUCAGCUGAACUUCUUCGAGUUUUUAACAGAUCUGUACGUGAACAGGAGUCUGUCCAGUUUGACUCAGGGUAACCGCUCUGUUGCGGACUAUGCCAUCGAGUUCUGCACUCUCGCCACAUCUGGCAAAUGGAAUGAGGCAGCCCAUUGGAGUCGGUUCCUGGCUUAUCUGAUACGAUCCACGAUGAGAUUUACACUCUGGAUUUGCCUUCCCAUUUUGACGAUCUGGUCAUUCUGGCCAUAAGGGUUGAUCAACGCCUUGCACUCCGACACAGCCGAUGUCGCUCCUUACCUCCCAGGUCAGCUGACCGUUACCAUCCUCCCACUCCUGUGGCUGGGGUCUCAGAGCAACAACCCGAAACGGAACCUAUGCAGAUUGGGAGGACACGAUUAUCACGAAGAGAGAGUCAGCGCCAUAUGUCCAAGGAGCUCUGUCUCCACUGUGCUGGUCCUGGUCAUGUCAUCGCCAACUGCCCAGUAAAAGCCCCCCACUCAUCGGUAGACAAGGAGUUACUGGCGAGCGCAACUCCUCUGAGCAAAAACCCCACACAACGACCUGUUCUCCCAGCCUGGCUGCAGCACAGAUCAACCAUUCACUCUGUUUCCACCCUUGUGGAUUCAGAAGUAGAGGGAAACUUCCUUGAUGCUGCCAUGGCUUCCAGGUGGCAGAUUCUGGUGGUUAAGUUGGCUGAACCCAUUACAGCGUACUCCCAUAGCGGCUCACCCCUGACCAUCGUCACCCAUUCUAAGGAGCCGCUCACCCUCAUCACGGGUAACCACACUGGGCAACUCUCCUUUCUGCUGGUCCGCUCUCCCUCUGCAGCGGUGGUACUAGGGCAUCCUUGUCUUGUGUGUCUUUUCAGGGAUUUAUCCGAUGUACCCUUGGCAUACCACGAUCUGGGGGUGGUGUUCAGUCAGUCUCAUGCCACGACCCUUCCUCCUCAUCACCCGUACAAUUGCGCAAGCGAUCUACACCCUGGGACUUCUCCACGAGAUCGGUUGUAUUCGCUCUCUGCUCCCGAGAGGGAGGCCAUGAAUAAAUUUAUUACUGAUUCUCUGACAGCCGGUCUCAUCCGCCAUUCCUCUUCCCCUGCAGUGGCAGGGUUCUUCUUUGUGGAGAAGAAGGAUGGCUCGCUUAGACCCUGUAUUGAUUAUCAGGAGCUGAAUGAUAUCACAGUGAAGAAUCGCUAUCCUUUACAGUUGAUGACUUCAGCUUUUGAACUCUUGCAGGGGGCAUCCGUCUUUACGAAGUUGGACCUACACAAUGCUUAUCACCUGAUUUGGAUCAGGAUGGGGGAUGAGUGGAAGACAGCUUUUAACACCCAUAGGGGGCACUUUGAAUAUUCGGUCAUGCCGUUCGGAUUGGUCAGCGCCCCCCCGUCUUCCAGGGGUUCAUGAAUGACGUGUUUCGGGACAUGACAACCAAGGAACACAAGAAGACAGAAUAAAAGAGGACAUCAAUUGUACACACCACUACUGUAACUCACAGCUGACAUUAAUUGUCCUAUAAAUCUUCCAUUUGUGAAUCGGAAAUCCUUUCCAU